AUGGUCGUACUUCACUUUGGAUACCAUUAUGCCGUCCUCGAGUCGUUCGUCGUUGGCGCAUCACUCAGUGCCACAUCGUUGGGAACUACUUUUGCGAUCAUGUCCUCCUUCCGUUUUCCAACUCCGCACAGUCACCCCCAGGCCAGCAUCAGGGAUGUGGAUUCAACCGAGCCUUCCUCGGCUUCAAAAGAUCAGAGCAAUCUAGGUGAAACAAGAGCCGGUACUAUACUCAUGGGUGCGGCCUUAUUGGACGAUAUCGUUGGUUUGGUUAUCAGUAGUGUAGUAUCCAACCUGGGCCCAAGGGAUACCGAAUCCCGUAUCACAGGUUGGGCCAUUUCCCGCCCCAUUGUCUCCUCUGCGGGCAUGCUGUUCGUCACCUUUUUCUUAGCCAAGCAUAUCGGCCCUCGAUUCAUUAGACUCCUUUGCGGCGCUUUGCCUCGGGAUUUAUCCAGCAGCAAAUGGGCCCAUCAGUUCCCGAACGUCGCACUCUUUUUAUUUAUUGCGGUAGUUUCGGCAUAUGUCACCAUCGCGCAUUAUAUUGGAUCAUCAAUGCUUAUUGGUGCAUUUUGUGCUGGAAGUCUUAUGAGCCAUUGUUGGAAGCUUAUUCAAGCGCACGCCAAUUCUGAUGCAAUUGUCCACUGGUCUCCCCAUACAUCAUACCACCGAAUAGCUCCAGUGCAGAAUUAUGUUCUAGCACCAUUCUUCUUUGCCAGUAUUGGUGCUGCGAUCCCAGUUCGCUCUCUCUUUCAAGCCACUACGGCCUGGAGGGGAAUUCUUUAUUCAGCGAUCAUGGUUGUCGCCAAAGUUCUUGCAGGCGCAUGGCUACCCCUUUGGGCGACAUUCGAGCACUUGGUUCACCCGCAUAGUCAGGCGCAUUCCACUCCACCAUGGCCAGCGGAUUCUGAGGGAUUGGUUGGCGAAGAAGCGUUUGGCGUCGGGAUUUGGGCGGUGGUUCUAAGUACUUUGCUAGGUCCUAUUGGAGAAAAAAGGGUUCAAGAGUCGGACAAUACCUGGACCAAGGUCUCGAAGCGAUCCGGACCAGGACAACCAACCUUUGAUCGAGGGAGAGCCUAUAGGUCAAUCGCUUUCUGCCAGUCCUCUUUCAAUUUCGAGGAACCCGUCGCUCUGGGAAUCGAUAAGUUUGACGGACCUGAGCUAGCACAUGCAGACAGAUACUCCUUGGCCACUCGGUACUCUUAG